AUUUCGCCUGAAGGUUUUUUUUUUCCGGUGAUAGAUCAGAGCUAAUGUAUUUGUUUUGUAUGAACUGAAGAAAACUUUUCAAUUUUCAAUGGAGUGUGUCGUUCAAGGAAUCAUUGAGACACAGCAUGUUGAAGCGCUUGAGAUCCUUCUUCAAGGUCUCUGUGGUGUUCAACGCGAACGCUUGAGAGUUCAUGAGCUAUGCUUGAAAAGCGGCCCAAAUCUUGGAGUUGUGUCAUCAGAAGUUAGGCUUUUAUGUGAUCUUGAUCAACCAGAGCCCACAUGGACUGUUAAACAUGUGGGAGGUGCGAUGAGAGGUGCAGGAGCUGAUCAAAUCUCAGUUAUGGUAAGAACAAUGAUUGAAAGCAAAGUAAGCAAGAACGCAUUGCGCAUGUUCUACGCACUCGGUUACAAACUAGACCACGAGCUUCUCAAAGUUGGAUUCGCCUUUCAUUUCCAACGGAUCGCCCACAUAAGCGUCUCUGUGUCAUCAGUCAAUAAAAUGCCAAAGGUUCAUGCCAUAGAUGAGGCGGUUCCUGUAACACCAGGGAUGCAGAUCGUAGACGUAACAGCUCCUGCAACACCUGAGAAUUACAGUGAAGUCGCAGCUGCUGUUUCGUCUUUCUGUGAAUUUCUCGCCCCGCUUGUUCACUUGUCUAAACCGUUUAUUUCCACUGGAGUUGUGCCAACCGCUGCUGCGGCUGCUGCAUCUCUUAUGUCCGAUGGAGGAGGUACUACAUUGUAAGCAACUACUUGCAAGUAAAAAAUCAAGUGAUCUCUCUCAUGUUAGAUCUCGUUUUGGUUCAAUGUAGUAGUGAGUUGUUUACAUCACACAAUGGCUGUGGAAACUUGUGAAUCACUAGAGUUUAAUGCCAUCAGUUAGGUAUCUCUUCAA